CCGCGAUACUAAAAGUGGGAGAAACCGCAUCCCUCUCUUUCCUUUGUUACGGCCCCAUGCGGCCAUGCCUUUAAAAAAAUUGGGACCGGUAUUUGGCGAGUAAAACGGGCGGAAUCACGGAGAGCCCUAACAAACAACCCUGUCAAGGCACAGCUUCUGAUUACGACAACGAACUGUAAUGCCAUAGCGGCCACAAUAGUCGUGAUGGAACUGUAGCAUGGGACAUUUGCUUUGCUUUCGAGUGAGCCGUGACCGUGAACAACGAUACGCCACCUUCACUCUCGAUGGAUCAAGCGCUGCGGACGUGAGAAUGCGCAAUUAUUUUGCGUGCUCGAAACCUAUUUGUGGAAAUUCCCCAAUUGAGUUGUAUAGCUAUAAUUCAAUGAACUGCGGGGCAAACUUCUUUGUCUGUAAGAAGAGGAUUUGUGAGGGCAAACUUAUUAUGGAUGUGGCCAUCGUUGAUAGCCAAAGCUAAGGACGGAGGAUUGGACGUUAUUCAGACUUAUGUGUUCUGGAACCUCCACGAGCCACAGCCUGGUCAGUAUGAUUUCAGUGGGAGAUAUGACUUGGUCAGGUUCAUUAAGGAAAUACAGGCUCAGGGGCUUUAUGCCUGCGUUAGGAUUGGGCCCUUCAUUGAGAGUGAAUGGAACUACGGGUGGGGGUUUCCAUUUUGGUUGCAUGAUGUCCCAGGAAUCAUUUACCGAUCAGAUAAUGAACCAUUCAAGUUUUACAUGCAAAAUUUUACCACAAAAAUAGUGAACUUGAUGAAGUCAGAGGGAUUAUAUGCUUCACAAGGAGGCCCAAUAGUAUUAUCACAGAUUGAGAAUGAAUAUCAAAAUAUUGAAGCAGCUUUUCGUGAAAAAGGACCCCCAUAUGUUCGUUGGGCUGCAAAAAUGGCUGUUGGGCUCCAAACUGGUGUGCCAUGGGUGAUGUGCAAGCAAAAAGAUGCUCCUGAUCCAGUGAUUAAUUCCUGCAAUGGCAUGAGAUGUGGAGAAACUUUUGAGGGGCCAAACGCUCCAAACAAGCCAUCUAUUUGGACAGAGAAUUGGACAUCCUUCUAUCAAGUCUAUGGUGGAGAACCGUAUCUAAGAUCUGCUGAGGAUAUUGCAUUUCAUGUCACACUUUUUAUUGCAAAAAAUGGAAGCUAUAUAAAUUAUUACAUGUACCAUGGUGGUACAAACUUUGGAAGGACUGCAUCUGCAUACGUGAUUACAAGUUAUUAUGAUCAAGCUCCACUUGAUGAAUAUGGUCUAAUCCAGCAACCCAAGUGGGGCCAUCUGAAAGACUUGCAUGCAGCAAUCAAGCUUUGCUCUAGCACUUUAUUGCAGGGAACACCAUCUAACUUCUCUUUAGGGGAUCUUCAGGAGGCCUAUGUUUUUGAAGCAGCAGAGGGAGAAUGUGCUGCAUUUCUUGUAAACAACAAUCAAGGAGAGAAUGCUACCAUCCAAUUUCGAAACAUAUCAUUUGAACUACUUCCAAAGUCAAUUAGCAUCCUACGUGAUUGUGAAAAUGUAAUAUUCAACACCGCAAAGGUAAACACAGAGAAAAGCAUUAGAACGACAAUGUCCAGCCAAAUGUCUGAUUCAGCCGACAUAUGGAAAGAAUUCAAAGAUGAUGUUACAAACUACCUAGACACUUCUAUAAAAUCAAAUACACUACUUGAGCAUAUGAAUACAACCAAAGAUAAAUCCGAUUAUCUUUGGUAUUCUUUCAGCUUUGAACCAAAUUCAUCUUGCUCUACUCCUAUUCUUCAUGUGGAGUCUCGUGGACAUGUUGCACAUGCCUUUGUCAACAAUGUGUAUGCAGGAUCUGCGCAUGGAAGUCAUGAUGUUAAGGCCUUUACUUUGGAAGAAGCAAUUGACUUAAACGAUGGGACCAACAAUAUCUCCAUCCUUAGUGUUAUGGUUGGAUUACCGGAUUCAGGAGCUUUCCUUGAGAGCAGAUUUACUGGCUUAACUAAAGCGGAAAUACAAUGCAAUGAGACAGAGGUGUAUAAUUUUACCAAUUAUACAUGGGGAUACCAGGUUGGGCUACUAGGGGAGAAGUUGCAGAUAUACAUGGAACCAAAUUCAGACAAUGUUGAGUGGAGUGAAAUUGUUCUUACUAACAGUCAACCACUUACUUGGUACAAGACUGCGUUUGAUGCACCUAUUGGAGAUGAUCCAGUUGCUUUAAACCUUAGCUCAAUGGGUAAAGGUGAGGCUUGGGUCAACGGACAGAGCAUUGGUCGUUAUUGGGUUUCUUUUAAUACAUCUAAGGGAAAUCCUUCCCAGAUAUUGUACCAUGUGCCACGGGCUUUCCUCAAGACUACUGGAAAUCUGUUGGUUUUGCUUGAAGAAAUCAAUGGAAAUCCUCUCCAAAUUUCCUUGAACACCAUUUCUGUCAUGAAUCUACCUCCUCAUACUUCUAAUAAUCACCUCCUCCAUUGAUUUUCUUCUUUAAUAAGGUACCCCUAUAACAUUUAUAUCUUUUAACAAUAAAAAAUGAAAGAGAUGUAAUUUUUUCUUCUCAUACAACAAAUCAUAUUAGUCAACAUGAUCUUCUUUUU